AUGUACAAUUGGAAGUGCACUCUCUGUGACAGCUGUGUGCUCCCAUUGUCACCCCAGGAUUCUUCCAAGUGCUCCUAUCCUGCAAAGACUUCAACUGACUUUAUGACUAAAGGAGAAGGUCUCAGAAUGGGGGACAAGGCCAGGAUGCAGCACGGAGACCCUGAGGGGAGGGAAGAGGAAGAGAGAAGGUGGAGCUCCAGGAGUUACAAUGUAGGGGCCGUCUCCAGCUUCCUCUCUACCCUUGUGACCUUCCCCAUCUACAAGACCAUCUUCCGCCAGCAGAUCCAUGCCUUUUCCAUACAGGAGGCCAUACAGCAACUGCGCCAGGAGGGCAUGCGCCGCUUCUACCGGGGCCUCUUCCCACCACUCUUGUCCAAGACGCUCCAGGGAACCCUGUUGUUUGGCACCCAUGACAGCUUGCUCCUUCUCCUCACCAGCAACCCUUCUGAGCCUUGCACGCUGGGGGAGCGGUGGACAGCAGGAUUCCUGUCUGGCUUAGUGGAGGCUUUAGUCCUAAACCCCUUUGAGCGGGUCCAGAAUGUCCUGCAAGAUGGACGGAAAGAUGCCAGGUUCCCAAACACCCGCAGCAUCCUGCGGGAAUUCAACUCAUAUGGUCUGAAGGAAAGGCUGGUUGUAGGCUACUAUCGUGGCCUCAGCCCCGUCCUGCUGCGGAACAGCCUGGGCAGUGCACUGUACUUCUCUUUUAAGGAUCCCCUCCGUGAUGGCCUGGCCACGAGGGGCUUGCCUAGCUGGCUCCCUGCCCUGGUGUCUGGCAGUGUUAAUGGGACGGUGACUUGCCUGGCAUUGUACCCUCUGAGUGUCCUCAUUGCCAACAUGCAGUCACAGGUUGUGGGGAGGGAUCUCCUCGGCCUCUGGCAGUCUGUGUGGUCUGUCUGGGAGUCGCACGGGAGGAAGCUGACUCUUCUCUAUCGGGGCGGCUCCCUCCUUGUCCUCAGGUCCUGCCUGACAUGGGGUCUCACCACUGCCAUCCAUGACUUCCUGAAAGAGAACACAGGGCAGAAGUCCCUGGUGGAAUAAGGGGAGAGGCCAGAGAACCAUUGGCCCUGACAUUUCUAGUGUCAUGUCUCAGAGCCCUGAGGACUUCGAAUGGGAUUUCGCUUGUUUACAAAGAGGCCCUGAAGCUCAUAGUCAAUAAAACUUUAACACACAAGCUAAACCUCCAACCUACAGGUCAAAGGUCAUUCUCUGAGGCCAUACUUUCAAGAUCAAGGAGCAACUUUGGGGAGGUGGGAAGGGGACUUACCAAUCAGAAAGUUGCUUGGUUGUUUUUUUUUUUUAAACAGCCUUUUAAUAAGCUGGAGUUUCGUGUUCUGUGGCAACCUGGAGUGAGCCAAACCCUGCCUGCAAAAGGCUGACCUGAUCCUAUGUUUGUGGUGGUGCCUGUGCUCUCCUAGUCUAAGCACAGGAUGGAGAAUCAGGUGAGCAGGGUUCUGUUCCGAGCUGUGCCACUGUAACCUCAUAAAAACAUCUAAUAUCUUGUGCCUCAUCUUUAAAAAUGGGGAUCAUAGUAUUUUCCUGUUUAAAGUGCUUUGAGAGCAUGGGUCGAAAGUGCUACAGAAUUGCAGUGUGUUCACAUAUUAUUGCAAACCAUAGAUGAAACAUGCACUGUCCCUCCUAUAAGAGAAUUUCCCUCUACUACUGCACGUUCAUGAUUCCUUAAGCACUGAACUGAGCUAAACCCUAGAGCCAAAUUCUGUUCUUGCAUUUGCGCUUCUGCCACUGGUUAGUUCAACGCUGAGGAUAUGGAGAACAGGGGAAAGUGGGCUGAGGUGGUGAAACUAGCCAUGCAGUUUAGGUUUGGCUAUUCAUAAAAGGAAGAAGCUGGUGGAGCUGCUAGAAGGCAGGCUCCUUCAACUGGAUUGACCUGAAGCAUAAAGCAGAAAAUUGGGACUCUCCGGCUAAUCUCUCUGGAAGUGGCAACUUCUAGACUCCUGCGUGAAUUCCUGGCUCCAUUGUAGUCAAUGAGAUUAUGAGAAUUUGGGGGGCAGGAUUUCAGGCCAUGUGUGUUUUAAUUCUCAGUUCAUGUAAUUACAGAGAAGGUUGGGGUGAAGGUUAUGGCCACAGCAGGGUUCUGCAAGCUUUCAUGAUCCUCCAAACAUCCUUCCAGAGUUCAAAGCUGGGCUUGGCACAGAACCGUUCCUGUUGUAUGUGGAGGGUGAUCUGCCUCUGCUAACUGCCAAUGCAUGCCCAUGGUGAUGUUAGAUCUGUCACAGCCUUUGCUAGUACUGCUCAGACAACAUUGAUGACUCUCUUGCUGAGUGGGUGGGGUGGGCCUGUAGCAGUUCCACUCCUUCCUCUCUGAGAGAUUCCAGGUGGGUGUCACUGAGUCAUUUCUCUGCCUCUCUGAGACUUCUUACAUGCCAGCAUCUAUCCUGUUCAACUGGUGGGCAUGUUGGCUGAGAGAUGGCAUGAGGCUGUGCCCUGAUGCAGCACUGGAAUGUGGAGAUGACCCUGCAGGAGGGCAGAGCGUGCACUGAAGAUGUGAUAGAUGAUGCAUGACAACUUGUUCUGCUCAGAGAUGAAAUUCAAUGUCAAAUAAAUUAAUUUUUUUUUUGUUAGCCUGAU